AUGGCGCCAGACAUCAACCAGAUAAACUGGUCCACUGACGGCUACUCGAGCAACGGAGUCCCUCGUGGCGACUAUGAGAUCCCCGAUAUUGUCCUCCAUGGACCGUAUACACGAAAGAUCCGUGUGUUAUCAAUCGGUGCUGGAGUCACUGGGAUUCUGAAUGCAUACCUCAUUCAGAAGGAACUCAAGAACGUCGAGCAUGUGAUUUACGAGAAGAAUGAAGAAAUUGGCGGCACCUGGCUGGAGAAUAGAUAUCCCGGUUGUGCAUGUGAUAUUCCAAGCCAUGCCUACACGUAUCCAUUUGCGUUGAACCCUGACUGGCCCCGAUUCUUCUCCUAUUCUCCCGACAUCUGGAAAUAUCUCGACAAGGUGUGCGAAGUCUUCGACUUGAGAAAGUACAUGACCUUCAACACCGAAGUCGUCGGCUGUUACUGGCAGCAAGAGACUGGCGAAUGGCUUGUCAAACUCAAACAGACCAACGCCGAUGGCAGCACCCAUCUGUUUGAGGACCGCUGCCACAUACUCCUCCACGGGACCGGCAUCCUAAAUAACUUCAAGUGGCCCGACAUUGAGGGGUUGGAGACCUUCAAAGGCCGAAUCAUCCAUACAGCACGUUGGGCAAAGGACUAUCAAGUGGAGGAAUGGAAGAAAGAUCGCGUCGCUGUCAUUGGAUCUGGAGCGUCCAGUAUCCAGACUGUUCCGACCAUGCAGCCUCACGCAAAGCACAUAGACGUGUUUGUCCGGACAGGUGUCUGGUUCGUCCAGAUCGCGAACAACUUCGGCGCGAACCAUGAAUACACCCCCGGGCAAAAACAAGAGUACCGUGACCCAUAUAAGAUCGUGGAACACGCAAAGUCCAUCGAAGACCAAGUCAACGGCCUGUGGGGCACGUUCUACAAGAACUCCAAAGGCCAAGCCGAAGGGCAGGCGGCGUUGAAGAAGCGCAUGUCUGAGAUGAUCAGAGACGAGAGAUUGAUCAAAGGAUUCACUCCGACUUGGGGGAUUGGCUGCCGCAGAAUCACUCCUGGAGAUCCAUAUAUUGAAGCCAUCCAGAAACCCAACGUGGAUGUCCAAUUCACCCCCGUUACGCGCAUUGACGAGACUGGCGUGAUCGGCGAGGACGGCGUCCACCGCCCAGUCGAUACGAUCGUCUGUGCGACCGGCUUCGACGUCUCCUACAGACCGCGGUUCCCGAUCAUCGGCCAAAACGGCGUCGACCUGGCCGACAAAUGGAAGAUCUGUCCCGAAGGGUACCUGGGUCUCGCGGUGCCCGGCUUCCCGAAUUUCUUGACCUUCAUCGGCCCCAACUGGCCAGUCGAGAACGGCAGCGUGAUGGGUCCCCUGUACUAUGUCUCGCAGUACGCGGUCCAGAUGAUCCGGAAACUCCAGACCGAAUACAUCUGCAGCAUCGCGCCCAAGCAGGACGUGACGGAUGCGUUCAACGACCACUGUCAAGAGUGGAUCAAGCAUACCGUCUGGGUUGACGAGUGUCGGUCGUGGUACAAGAACAACGAAACGGGCCGCGUCAAUGCCGUCUGGCCCGGCUCGUCGCUGCAUUACAUCGAGGCGAUUCGGCAGCCGAGAUACGAGGACUUCGACAUCCAAUAUCUCGGUCCUGCGAAAAAGAACAGGUGGGCCUUUCUGGGCAUGGGCACGGUCCCGGCGCUCGUCGACAAGGACGAUGUCUCGCCGUAUCUGAAUGUCGAGAUGAUCGAUCCCAAAUGGAUGCGCGCCGUGGGGAUCGAUGCCGGGAAAUUGCACGAGGCGAAGCUGAACGAGUUGAAGACCAAGCAGAAGGAACAGGGCGAGAAAAGUAGGGACAACGUCGAGAAGGUCGAUGUCGUGUAG